UUCCUUCCUUUUUCAUGUCAACUUUUGAUGUUCCAACGUCCUGCGCGUGCGUCGAAGCGGAAAACAUGCAUAGAGCGCAUGCACGCCCUUCCUGGCACAGCUUGUCCCCAUCGACGUCGACGUCGCCCCAUUCCUCUGCCCUUCCAGACCGACUGUCAUGCCUAUAAACCUCCGCACACUUCCUGUGUACCUCUUACCGAUGUUCUAUUCGAAGCGCUCAUCAACUGUGGGCAAAUGGCCCGCAGACCGUGACCGUCCUUCUGCGCCUAGAGGCGAUAAUCCAUUAGAUCAAGGGGAGUUUGCCGCACGCUUCACGCCUUCCGAGGCCAACAUGUCGCGCCCUAAGGAUACUCGUCGACCAACCUUUGGAGAUCGCGUGAGGUCAAACACAAAGCAGGAAGAUGACGAUUACUGGCAAAUCGAAAGCGACGAGUUUGACAAUAAACCUCCUGGUGAUGCUGAUGCCUGGGAGAAAUGCGAAUCCAUCGUUGCAAAGCACGAUAUAACCUGGUCCCGCACCAAUGGCGAGGGUAUAGACAGCCUUCUUGUCUUUGCCGGACUCUUCUCUGCUGUCCUGACAUCUUUCGUCGCCGAAUCAUACAAGUGGUUGCCCGAGGAGCCCGAAGACGUGUCGACAGAGUAUCUUCGCCGGAUUCUCGCUACUCUGAUGAAAGUCGAACUAUCGGAAGUCCCUACGUCUACGGGACGCCCUGCACUCCCGGACAAGGUCGCCAUUGUUAUCAAUGCCCUUUGGUUCGGCAGCCUCACCCUCAGCCUUGCGUCUGCCCUCGUCGGCAUUGUCUCCAAACAAUGGCUGAGGGAGUACCUCAUAGAGACCGGGCAUGGUCACAGGACCAAUCUCGCUGUUCGGCAAGUCAAGUUCGAAGGACUUGAGAGAUGGUAUGUUAGCACCAUCAUUUCUUCCAUACCCUUGCUCCUGCAGACGGCGCUUUUCAUGUUCCUUGCCGGAGUUGUCGACCUGCUCUGGCACAUCCAGCCGGCCGUCGCAGCUCUGAUCACCGCGCUCGUUUCGGCGCUUGGCGUCUUCUUCGUGGUGACGACGGUCCUGCCGGGGAUACAAUAUGUUGUGUAUCACCGCAGGCGCCGACUCCACGCAGUCAACCAGUUCCCUUUCAAGUCACCUCAAUCCUGGUUUUUCUUGAAAGCCCUCGUGAGGACACUCAACUUCUUCGCUCGCAUCUUUGCCUCUGCGAUCUCCUUAACCAGGAGACGUAUGGAUUGCGACGAACGUGUGGCGCCGUACCGCAUCUAUCCUUCUUGGACGCAGUUAGAUCUUGACUGGACGAGCCGACGAGACGCCGCCGCGACUUGGUACAACGAGCCUUCCUCUAUAGCACGGUGCUUUGGCUUCAUGGAAGUCAACUUCGAGCACGCGCACUUGCGCGACUGGAUCUGGAAUUGUCUGUGGCACAUGCGUGACAACGCAAGGGAUGCGAUUUACGUUCUCCAGUGCUUCCGGCGGGGUCCAAAGUCCCACUUGGACCUGACCUCCCCUGAGGACGGCCUGAUGCACAGCAUCGCAAGAGCGUUGGACUCCCCUCGCGUUGCUUCGCAAACCAUGGCCGAACUCGCUAUGCACAUCCUUCUGGUGACGGGCCAUGGAUCUCCUCGAGCUGCGACCCGCCUCGAACAUACGAUUCGUAUGUUCAACACCCUUCGUCGGUGUGGUCGGCGCGAGACUCGCAUCACACCCAUGAUCUUCACUUUCAUGAACAAUGCGCUCAGUGACCUGUCUAAGACUCCCUUAAGCACAGAGCUGCGCUCGCAGCUGUUUUUCGUCGCUCGGGAUAUCUUGCGAAGUAGCCAUGACGAGCAGACUGACAAUGCCCCUUUUCCCUUGGUGCAUGCCAUCGUUGCGCACCUCUGUCGCGGCGGAACCGAUACUCUAGGCGACCGCGCCGUGCGAGACACUAUGUGUUUGGACCUCAGCAACGAAGUCCGAGAGUGGCUGGGCAGGUACCCGCGGCCCAUGCGCGACCAUGAGUGGAGCGAAUACAAAUCGCGUAUUAUCUGGUCGGCACAGAUUGCGGUCGAGCUGGCAGCACAUUUGUGGCGGUCCGAUCCUUCAGGCUCAAGACUUGUCGAGCACCCUCAUUUCACGCCUGUUUACGACCUAUUCCUUCUGAUUCACGCGCGAGUUCUCGAGAUCCCGCAGGUCGUACCACCGACCUGGGAGCCAGAGAACUUCGACAUGGACGAGUUUCUCGAGGUCAAGGUCACCCUCGAAGGCUUGCUCAAUUCUACGGAAGAGCGUCAAGAGGGCCAUGAGAUGGAAGCAAGGCGAGAGACGCAGACAACUUCAGACUCGGACCGAACUGCUACGGACAAUUUACAGCCUCACCCAAUCGAGAACAUUACUGGCUCUACUUUCUCAGAAGAGCCAGCGAAUCAACAAAACACAGGCUUCGAGACCGAGAUCGACUGUGAUUCGGUGCAAAACAUUCGGGCGACCGGCAAGCGCGCCAUCGACAUUCCCAAAGAACAAUCUGUUCCCAUUGCGAGACGCGCUGGCGAGGUAGCAGAAGCGGCUCCAUCUUUCGUUGAGGACCCAUGGUACAUGGAACAGGCCGUAUAAGCGAUGAUGCCGCCAUUGAAUUGUGAGAUGUGGUGGGAGAGCAUAUUGAGAGGCGUCUUGUGAGUCGAACUAUGUGGCUAUGAGGAAAGCCAGCUGCCGGGUACCCACUUAAGUAUGUAAUUAUUUUCCUCCAUACACUCCCCAAUGUACUGUUCAGACAGAAUCGCAAGCUGCUGGCGAAGUAUUGAAUAGAAAUCAGAUUCAGAG